AAUUACUUAGCUUUUAGAACCUGACUAAUAAAUAACCUAAUUAACCAAACUACGAGGAAAAAUUACAACAAAAAUUCAACAAUGGCGUCGGGUAAGAUUCUAUCAAUGAGUUUUAAUGAGAAGAGCCAUUAUGCAAAUAACUCAAGUUUUCAGAAAGAGGUAAUAGAGAAGGUAAAGCCCAUGCUAGAAGAAACUAUCAAAGAAAUGGGCAACAAUGGAGGUUUCCCGGAGUGCUUUAAAAUGGCGGAUUUGGGCUGCUCAUCCGGCCCGAACACGCUAUUCCCCAUGAUCAACGUGAUCAACGCCGUGAACGAGAGUUGUCGGGAGAGAAACGCCGACGUGCCGGAAUUCCAGGCCUUUCUCAAUGAUCUGCCGGAUAACGACUUCAACGCCGUCUUCCGAACACUCCCUUCGUUUCGCAAAAAUCUGGAAGAAGCAACGGGUUUGAAUAGUAGAGAUAAAAAGUACAAGCAUUGUUGCAUAGCAGCAGUGCCUGGUUCUUUCUAUGAUAGGCUCUUCCCUUCCAAUUCUCUCCACUUAGUUCAUUCCUCCUAUAGUCUUCAUUGGCUCUCGCAGGCUCCAGAAGGAAUUGAGAAAAUGAACAAGAGAGGGUUAGCUGUGGGACAGUCGAGUCCGCCAGAGGUGAUUGAAGCAUAUGCUAAGCAGUACGAGAAGGAUUUGACGGCGUUUCUCCGUUGUCGUGCCGAUGAGUUAAAGCCCGGCGGCCGCAUGGUCUUUGCUCUUCAUGGCAGGGGUACAGAAGAUCAUAUUCAAACCGCUUAUUUUGUUGACCCGUUGACCGAGGCACUUCUGCAAUUUGUUUCCGAGGGUGUUAUCGAGGAGAAAAAGAUGGAAUCGCUCAAUUUUCCUUCUUAUGCACCAUACAAGGAUGAAAUGAAGAACAUAAUAGAAAAGGAGGGGUCCUUCACACUUGACAGGCUUGAAGUCUUUGAAAUGAAUUGGAAUGACUUGACCGGCGACACCGAUGCCCCCACCGAUCAUGCGGCGGCGGCGGCGAAAUUCAUAACGAAAACCACCAGAGCUGUUACUGAGCCGAUGGUGGCUUCUCAUUUCGGAGAAUCCGUCGUUGACCCGGUCUUCCUCAGAUAUGAAGAGAUCGUUGGUCAACGUUUGGUCAACGAGGGCAAGGCUAAGCUCAAGCUGUCGAGUAUUGCUCUUUGCUUGACCAAGAGGCAAGGCCGCACUUGAAAUUAUUACUCCAUCGUCACGUUUAUAAACUAUUCAAUUUUGAUUUGAAAUAACUUAAAUUAAAUGAAGUAUAUAUAUAUGACUUUAUUUAUUGAAUUAUAUAGACUACUUUGUUACGCAAACUCCACUAAUUUGAUGUUGCAAAGUUAACCUAUAUAACUUCAUAAAUAAGUCAUGAAUAUAUAUCGCUUCAUAAACUUUUUGGUAUAUAGUUUUCGGUUUUCUGCAUGAUAUAUACACACACAUUGUAAAUGAAAUAGUGUCGAAUACUUUUGUAUGUAACAUUAAUAUUUUUAUAUCCUAUGGGUAUAUGCAAAUAAUUGAUAAAUGAUAAAUCUACAACUUUGUCAUCAGUUUUACUAAACUUUCGUGGC